AUGUCCUGCGACUUCGUUCCUGCUGUCCAGGGGACUUGGCAACGCUGGCAGUCGUUCCCAGCGGGCGGCCAAGCUCCAAAUCAACAUGGCAUGCAUCACCGUGUGCAAUCUACCAACAUGCUUUUCCCUUCAAAUGUAGACCCGGUGGCUCAGGUCCCUAGGAACUCCAACGGCCUUCGAGUGUCUCCAUCGGAAGCCCGUGCUGCGCGUGCCGCUCAGCCUAUUGGAACGGCCAUAGAAUGCGGGAGAAGGUCCAGCAUGUUUUCGGAUGGAAACCCCAGUUACUCAUUCACGCAACAGCCUCCAAACCAGUCGAUGGAACACCUACGGAAUGCCCGAACCAACGCCCGUGGCCUUCACGCAGGUUUCGAAAUGCUCCCCAUGUUUGGAGACAAGCCGCCUCAGGCCUCUAGAUCGUCGCCACGACUCGGGUCUAAUGGUGCAUCCGUAUCUAGUUAUAACCUGGGAUUCGGAUUCGGAUCGGAUAUGCAAUCACACUAUAGCUUCAGACCUGAUGUCGGAAGGGCUAUGUGUGGUAGUGACGUUGAUGAGUCUAUGGCUGAAUGGGAACAGGAACUUUUUCAAUCUUACAGGAAAAUGAAGUACUAUGGAGAGGAGGAACUUUCUAAGGAACAGACCGUCGAGAUCGUCACCAAGUUCACCGCUGCCGCUCGGGAAGCCUGGGUCAAACUUGAAACUGCAGCUAAAUCCGACCAGGUUACCCAGGGGUUCAAGAUGUUUUUUAAGUCUAUCAGAAGCUUUGAGCAUCUCACAAGGCUUGGGUUCCAGAACCUAGAUCAAGUGCUCGAGGGAAAAACGCCAACAUCACUCAUACCGAUAUACAGCGUCCUUCAUGUUGCCUAUGCCAUAUCUCAAACUACAUCGUCAUCGAUUCCACAAUUAUCACAGCCCCUAGCGGUCAGUACUUUUUGUGCAGAUGCCCAAAAACGUUGGAAGAAAUGUCUUAAGUCGGGGCCGAAUAGUCUCGGGUUCUCGGAGGAAGGAGUUUUCGAUGAAUUACUUGCUGUGAUGACUCAAGAAAUAGACGCUGCUCUGGAAUGGAUAUCUACGCGAACUUGUAUGACAGCCUGGACCAACGUCGACGAAACGGAUGAUGAAAGCGAGUCUCAGUCGUAUAUUCUGAGCCAAGCACACCCUAUGGGAGGCGAAAACAAUGGGUAUCCACAACCUCCAUUAACUUCCAGUCUUACACUCCCGGGCUCAGUUAAGUGCCAUCAAAUGGGUCUGCCCCCUGAACGGCAGCCCGCUCGAGCGCAAUGGGAUGUGAUUAUGAGUGGGCCAAUGUUCACUCACAUUCUCGCAUUUCUCGAAAACCUCCCUAAACUAGGUUCAAUGAUGUCGAGGCUUUCAUUUCCUGCACCUCAGCCCCAGCAACUUUCCGGGCCGAACCCUCAAACACGGCCGCCAUGUCAGACAAUGGGUGAUUUCAAAACCUCUCUUUUGAAGUUCAUCAUCAGUCAGAUUUGGGGAAAGCAGAAGUUCAACUGGGUCGGCCAUAUAAUGCGCGCAGCCAUCAACAUGGUGCAGUAUGGUGCUAUCCAAUGCCUUCGGGACUUUGAAGAUUAUGUCGUCGGGCUGACGAAGUUCUGCGAAGAAGUGCCGAAGAGACUGGAUUUCCUUGACUCCUUCUUAGACAUUUGUGUGACAUUUGCGCCUAUGUUCACUGACCUUCAGGUCCGGAAAGGCCAGACACCCUACUGCACCGGGUACAGAAAUGCACGAUUGAGAUUGGAGAGGGCAACCAUGCUAUCUCGAUACCAGGCGCGACGGCACUCUAUGCAAAUGAAACUCACAGGCUCUCCAUUGCAGACCCUCAGAGCUAAUUCCAUUUCCAACAUCCCAGUCGAGCAACUCAGGCUUCAGUUACCAUUCAUGGAUCUUUCUUCGGAUGGGAUGCCUUCGAACUCUCCGCCCCAGUUAUCACCCACGGGAUCUUUCUCAUCGGGGACUCUGUCCGAAACAACUAGUCUGGCCGCCUCGGUACCUGCUAGGGGAAGCCCCUCGCUCAGUAUCUCAACCCUGGGAGAUGCUAUGGGCACCAAGACAACGGCAGAUUCCAUUUACGACUUCCUGGUUCCCACUACCUCUUGGGACUCACAGCAAGUACCCUACCAAGCAUCAGGACUUCAAGAGGCAUGCCAGGGGAUCUCAGUCACUUGGCCUCAAGCCUAUGGUUCCUGCCAGAUUACAGCACCAUCGACCAUGGCCGACAUCGUCUCAAGUAUUGCCGCCAGUUCCGCGUGGGACGGUACGGUCGCUGCUCCGGCUCAUCCGGACUUCGCUCCCAUGCCUAGCUUUAUCGAUACAGAUGAGCAUGACAUCUCAAAUCUAAUCGGCCAUGUCUCCGAGGGUACCCCAGAUUCCAUUGACGAUGCACUUAGCUUCUCAGAUGCAGCCGCAAUGAACAUCAACGACGAAGUGCCCCAGGAUAUGGAAACAGAUUCCGACCCAGCUACGUCGACGACUAACACAGCUCCUCGCGGUAUCCGCCCCCGUCGGGCCCCUCGAAGUAAGAAAGCUCCAGGGGGUCGAAUUUUUAUCUGCGAUUUCCCCGGCUGUGGCGCCGAGAUUCGUGGGGCAAAAUACACCCAAUCAAACAGCAAUCUUCUGCGCCACCAACGUUCUUCACACGGUCUAGGCGGGAGCGUCGGCACCGAAUUUACGUGCGAAGUAGCGGGUUGUGUGGCGAAGUAUCGUGGGGCGAGGGCACGUGAGAACCUCAAAACACAUAUGAAGAAUAAACAUGGGAUCCGAACGAAAGCGCUGAGGAAAGGUGGCCGGCAGUCGGGAAGCAAUAUGCCCUUGGAAAUUAUUUCCGAGGAUGAAAGCUCCUAA